AUGCACAUCCCCAUUGGUUUAUCGACCAACAACGACAACGCCUUCUGGGGCAUUGUCAGCGUCGUCAUCAACGCUGCUUCAGUCUGGAUUUUUACAAGAUGGAAUUAUCCCAAGUUCGCUGCCGUCGUGGCCUUCUUUCACCUGACUCAUUAUAUCUUCGACUUCUCUGAUAUCUAUUUCUGUGAAAGAGGUCAUUAUUGGACGCCAUAUGGCUACAAGUUGAUGGUCUCUUAUGCUAUGGAGGCUAUCUAUUUCGGACUUGCUAUGUGGGUUAUCUUUCGGGACGUGUGGGCGAGGCCUAGGGGAUAA